GGCGGGCGGCGGGAGCCGGAGGAGGAGCGGCCGGCGCUGCCACCGCCGCCGCCAUAGAGACAGUAGCCGUGGAGACUGUUACUUACCAACGCGGAGCGACACGCAGCGGCCGUCGCAGCAGGAGCCGCUACCCGAACUCCCCGCCGAACUCCAGGUCCGAGCAUGCAGAACUCCGAGGGCGGAGCAGACUCACCAGCGUCCGUGGCUCUGCGCCCUGCAGCCCAGCCUGUGCCGGCCUCCCCGCAGAGAGUGCUGGUCCAAGCCGCGGGCUCCACUCCUAAGGGUGCCCCAAUGCAGCCACUCACCCUCCCCAGGGUCCAGCCAGUGCCACCACAGGUGCAGCACGUAUACCCAGCGCAGGUGCAGUACGUGGAGGGUGGGGACGCAGUCUACGCCAACGGAGCCAUCCGAGCUGCCUACGCCUACAACCCGGACCCUCAGCUCUAUGCCCCCAGCAGUGCAGCGUCUUACUUUGAGACUCCAGGUGGCGCUCAGGUGACAGUGGCAGCCUCGUCCCCACCUGCAGUCCCAUCCCACGGCAUGGUGGGCAUCACCAUGGAUGUCGCAGGGACCCCCAUCGUGUCUGGCACGGGAGCCUACCUCAUCCAUGGGGGCAUGGACGGCACGAGACACUCCCUGGCCCACACUGCCCGCUCCUCUCCUGCCACGCUUGAAAUGGCGAUUGAGACUCUCCAAAAAAGCGAAGGCCUCGCCCCCCACAAAGGCGGCCUGCUCAACAGCCAUCUCCAGUGGCUUCUGGAUAAUUACGAGACAGCGGAGGGAGUGAGCCUGCCCCGCAGCUCCCUGUACAACCACUACCUGCGCCACUGCCAGGAGCACAAGCUGGAGCCUGUCAAUGCCGCAUCCUUCGGCAAGCUCAUCCGCUCUGUGUUCAUGGGCCUGCGCACGAGGCGUCUGGGGACCAGGGGCAACUCAAAGUACCAUUACUAUGGGAUCCGCCUGAAGCCAGACUCCCCGCUGAACCGAUUGCAGGAAGACACACAAUACAUGGCUAUGAGGCAGCAGCCCACACACCAGAAGCCUAGGUACCGGCCAGCCCAGAAGUCAGACAGCCUUGGGGAUGGUGGAGCUCACGGCAACAUGCAUGGCACACCCGAGCAGGCCGUGGGCGCUCAGGGUCAGCAUCAUCAGCAGUACAUAGAUGUGUCCCACGUCUUCCCAGAGUUCCCGGCACCUGAUCUAGGCAGCACGCUACUACAAGAGAGUGUCACCCCCCACGACGUGAAGGCCCUGCAGCUGGUGUAUCGCAGGCACUGUGAGGCCACCUUAGAUGUCGUCAUGAACCUCCAGUUUCAGUACAUCGAGAAGCUGUGGUUGUCCUUCUGGAACUGCAAGGCCACCUCCAGCGAUGGCCGCGCCUCGCUGCCUACCAGCGAUGAGGAGCCAGAAGUCACCGUCCUGCCCAAGGACAAGCUCAUCUCUCUGUGUAAAUGUGAGUCUAUCCUGCAGUGGAUGCGCAGCUGUGACCACAUCCUGUACCAGGCGCUGGUGGAGACUCUUAUCCCAGAUGUGCUACGGCCAGUCCCCAGUUCCCUGACCCAGGCCAUCAGGAACUUCGCCAAGAGCUUAGAGGGCUGGCUCAUCAAUGCCAUGAGUGGCUUUCCUCAGCAGGUCAUCCAGACCAAGGUGGGUGUUGUGAGCGCCUUCGCACAGACGCUGCGGCGCUACACGUCCCUCAACCACCUGGCACAGGCAGCACGUGCAGUGCUGCAGAACACGUCACAGAUCAACCAGAUGCUGAGCGACCUCAACCGUGUGGACUUCGCCAAUGUGCAGGAGCAGGCCUCGUGGGUGUGCCAGUGCGAGGAGAGCCUGGUGCAGCGGCUGGAGCAUGACUUCAAGGUCACCCUGCAGCAGCAGAGUUCGCUGGAUCAGUGGGCCAGCUGGCUGGACAACGUGGUCACCCAGGUGCUGAAGCAGCAUGCAGGCAGCCCCAGCUUCCCCAAGGCUGCCCGCCAGUUCCUACUCAAAUGGUCCUUCUAUAGCUCCAUGGUGAUCCGUGACCUGACCCUGCGCAGUGCCGCCAGCUUCGGCUCUUUCCACCUCAUCCGCCUGCUGUACGACGAGUACAUGUUCUACCUGGUGGAGCACCGUGUGGCCCAGGCCACCGGCGAGACACCCAUCGCUGUCAUGGGCGAGUUUAAUGAUCUGGCCUCCCUGUCGCUGACCUUGCUGGACAAAGAGGACAUUGUGGACGGACACAGCAGUGAAGCAGAUGUGGAUGGCCGCAGCCUGGGCGAGCCCCUGGUGAAGCGGGAACGGAGUGACCCCAGCCACCCACUCCAGGGCAUCUAGCCCCUUCACUGGGCGCCUUCCAUGCGCUUCCGGAAGGCGUCACCUGGCUCUCUAGGGACCUGGCCACUCAGCUCUAUCACAUUAGUGCCUCUUAGAUGAUGUCAUGUUUACUGCGCCCCAGGGUGCUCUACUCCCAAGGUGCCAGAGACUUGAGGGGAACGAAGAUGGCCGCUCAAGCUGCCCACUCUGCUGAGGUGCCCCUGACCCUGGGAUGU